CACUAAUGGCAAGAUAGGGAGGGAAUGUAAAGUGGCAAACGAUAUAAAGUGUCUUGCUGGAGUAGUUACGAAUUUUCAUGUCGUGUUCGUGCCGCGAAUUUGAUCAUUAAACAAACUACGUGUAGUUUUAUUUUUUAUUGACAACGAAAUUCUGAAUCGCACAGGAAAGAUGGGACUGUGAUACAUGUUGUUUCUGUUACUCUGUGCGUUAUAUCUUCGAAUUAGUACGACCUGUUAGAACUAAAGUUCUAACUCAGUAAGUAAAGUAGUUUGAGUGAUGUGCUACGAUUUUAUUCUCUCCAAAUUUUAGUUGGUCCGCAACAAAUAACAAAAUUUGCAUGUGAACUUUACGAUCAAGGAGACAGAAAAAAGUAAGGCAACGAGACACGCGAAAACCAGGUCGCAACCAUGAAAUUCACAAACCCGCUGCCGCAAUUUAAAAAAUGCAUAAUAUUCUUCUCAGUAGGCAUCAGUUGCAGCAUUUUGGCUUGCCUUCUACGUACUAUCAAUCCAAUGAAAUUAAUAUUAAAUCAAGAACUUCAAAUGACACCGAAUUCAUUGAUUUUUGAACUAUGGAGGAAGCCUAUCGUUGAUGUUUAUAUAAAAAUAUACAUAUUCAAUAUCACAAAUGCGGAAGAAUUUCUCGAAGGCGGAGUAAAGUUGAAAGUUGAAGAAGUUGGCCCCUACGUCUACCAGGAAAUUUUAGAAAACACAAAUGUCACUUGGCACGAGAACAGCACGAUUUCGUACGUUCCAAAGAGGAAGAUAGUGUAUGUACCAGAACUGUCGAUUGGCAAUCCGGAAGUAGAUACGGUGUUUGCUCCAAACAUACCCAUGUUGGGAGCCUUUUCGACGCUGCACGAUGCUGGGUUUUUUGUGAACUACCCUUUGAAUAGCCUGAUAAACUUGUUAAACAGUAAACCAAUAUUACAUUUAACCAUUCACGAUUAUCUGUGGGGCUAUGAAGAUACUUUGAUUCAUCUUGCAAGCAAUAUCAUGCCAAGUUUCAUAAACUUCGGCAAAUUCGGGCUGCUUGACAGGAUGUAUGACGAAGGAAACAAUGUCGUGCUCAUGAAUAUCGGACACAAUGAGAAUAUGACCGAGGAAGAAGGACGUUAUUUAAGUAUUCAAUUGUACAACGGCAGUCCAGGAAUGUCACAAUGGGGAUAUCGAGAAGAUAAUGGAAACGAAACAUAUCCAGAGAAGACUAUUUGUAAUCUCAUUAGAGGAAGCACUGAAGGAGAAUUAUUCCCAGCAUAUCUAGACAAACAUGCUGCAUUCAGAAUAUUCAGGAAAGCGUUCUGUAGAACGAUACCAAUUGUUUUCAAAGAGGAAGUGGUAGCAGAAAACGGUUUAGAUGGUUAUCUUUACAGCAUGUCAGACAAUUUCUUAGAUACUCCUGAUGAAAAUCCGGAUAAUACGUGUUAUUGCAAGAAAAAAGGAAAAUGUUUAAAGAAAGGACUAGCUGACAUAACGCCGUGUUACUACAGUAUCCCUGCAGCGAUGUCUUUACCGCAUUUUCUUCACGCCGAUCCCAGUUUACAGGAGAAUAUCGAAGGUAUUAAUCCAGAUCCAGAAAAACACACCACGAAGAUCAUUCUAGAACCGACAAUCGGCUUCCCGAUGAAAGUAAACUCAAAAAUACAGAUCAAUCUUGUUAUGCAUCCUGUUCAGUACAAUUCACAGAUUAAACUUUUUAAUAACUUAGUAAUACCAUUAUUCUGGAGUGACCUGGUAAUACCUCAAGUACCCAGUGACUUGUUGUUCCUCGUGAAAUUGCUGCUUCAAGUAGGACCAAUAAUGCAGGAGGUAUUAAUAUGGUUAUUGGCUAUAGCAGGGGUGACGAUGUUCGUAUUAUUGAUAACCACAUUGUGGACCACCAAACAGCAACAACAAUCACUUCCGGUAGACAGGAGAGAUAGCUACGAUUUACGAGUACCAUUACACUAUGGUCAAUACACAACGAUAAAAAUUUUAUCGGCUAUUAAAAACUGACUAACAAAACAUUAUAAAAGUACUCGUGUACGAUGCUCAAAUUUAUUUUAAUAUAACUAAAUAUACUUUAACAUUAGAUGAUAAUAUUCGUUUUUUUUUCCUAUGAGUGGAAAAUGCACCAACGCUCUCUAUUACAUACUUUGAUUGACUCAGAAUACGGCAAAAGGUAUUCUACGUUACAGUACACAUUCAGGGUUUUGCGCUAAAAAUAUUCUCGAUAUGGAUCGAUAUUAUUCUAACAGAAUAUUAUCAUUGCAUGCUUUUAUUCAUUUAGUAAUUUACGCUCUCUUUUGAUGUGCCGCGGAAUGCAUUUGAUAUUUCGUUAUACAUAAUUAAACGUACGUUAUAAAUAAUAUUGUAAUAAUAUUUCUUCUAUCACAUGUAUACAUAUAGAAACUUUAUUACAGUAUUUUAUUUGUUACAUAUUGGAUUUAUAUACUUAUGUAUAUAUAUGUUACCAAUAUGUAACAUAAUUAAUAAUGUAAACCUGCCGAAUAUAAAAUAAUGAAUAUAUUCUGAUAAUGUAUAAAGACAAGAAUAUGACGUAUGACAUUCGUAUACGUGUGAAAAAGGUUCGAUUGAUGGAAUUCGUUCGCAAAAAAAUUGUUAUAUAUAAUAUUCUUUCAUACUUAAUGUCAAUAAGGAAACAUUCAAAUAUAAUAAAUCACUUACAUAUUAUUA